AUGGUCGGUUGUAAGUUCUCGACAGCCCUGUUGCUCUUCAUUCCAAUUGUUUCGGCCGGCCUCAUUUUCAAUACGGAGAGACUCAAAAAAGAGAGAAGUUGCAGUCCAAAUUUGAAUGUUCGAUUAUUUGGGGAACUAAAGUAAGUUGACUUCGCAUGAGUCAUAAUCUUGGACAUGUAUAACUUUAGUCCAGAAUUUGACUUACAAUGCGAAAAGAAUGAGAUGGUAAUUCAGUUCACGAAAACGGCCAAUCUGGAGGUCAAAUUGACUCCACCGUUGUGCAAAGCGAGGUGAGAUUUACUUUGCCAUUGAUAUAAUAGGAUAGUAGAGAAUCAAACAUUAUGCUGAUUUUUCAGUCCUCCAAGAUCCCUCGGAUUCAACGUUGAAGGCUGUGAGUGGUUUAAAGCUGAGUACAAUCCAAAAGAUUAUCAAUGGAACAUUCAAGUUGGACACGUUGUUAGUAAGUGUUUUUCCAGUCACGCAAAACGGGGGUCGGAGAGUCCGGAAGUAAAAAUUACAGAAAUUAACUUUUAUCGAGGACACACUAGGCUGCAGACCUUCAAAUCUACAUUUAUAUUUUUCGGAUCCACUACGUAUUUUACUUUCAGAAACCCUUGACUCAAUUGAAUUGAACGUUUUCAUCGAUGGAAACUUCGUAGUAUUAAAUUCUCGUCUCUUCGAAUCCAAUAGCUGUUUCUUGAGAACUUUCCAUGCCGAUGAAAGAUCAAGCCUCGAAAUCUUAACCCCGCCAGCUCCCGGAGACGUCGAUUGCCCAUUCAAGCUUAAAUUUGUAAGUUUUUCUCUAUAAAAAAACUUUCUUUUGCUUUUCAAACAUCAAAUCUUGCCCUUCAGAAAAGAUCGAUUAAUAUUGCCCCAUUGGCCGUCACUCAACAAAACGUCGAAGUUGUCUAUGGAAUUUACCUCCUAAUUGUGGUCAUCGUCUAUUUGUAAGUUAUUUUUGCAAUUGGAUUUACGUAACAUUGCAUGCCACAUAAUUACAGCCUUGUUUCAGUAUGUUCGCAUUCGUCCUUCUGGCCUCCCUGUCUACUUUCGUCUAUCGCCGUCCUGAAUAUUAA